CGCGGCGCGGCGCCCCGGGCAGCAGGUGAGCGCCGAGUAAACGCAGCAAGGAGUCGCGCAGUCUUCGGCUCCCGGCUCCAGACAUCGCCGAGCCGCCCACCUGCCCCGCACCAUGAGUGGCGACUUCCGACGUGUGGCGAUCCGGCGCAAGUCCAACCUGGCCUACCUACCGCCGGGGGUCCCGCGGCCGUGGAGCGCACCCUCCUCGCGCGUGGGGCUGGCGGUGCCGCGCUCCCUCGGGGGCCGCGCCUGCGUGGAGCCCGCAGGCAACAGUGUUUACCCAAAGGUCACCCUGGUUCCACUGUGUCCGACAAGCAGCACGACCACGCUGAUUGACCACAAUGUGUCUGAAGAGGCUCAGGGAAUAAAUGGGAAGACACCAGCGAGACGCUCCGCUCCAAGUCCAAAGCCACAAGUGCCUCCAAAGCCAUUACAUCUGCAGAAUUCACCUUCGUCCAACACACACCAAACCCCCAAGCAGAAAGCUUUAUCUAGAUCAAAGCCCAGGAUGGAGGAAGCUAAACCUGCCUCUGCUUCUUGUGUCUCAAAAGAAAAACCCAGUAAGGUCUCAGAUCUCAUCAGUCGCUUUGAAGGAGGCAGCGCGUUGUCCAGCUUCCCCGACCCGAAGAGGGACCCCGUCGGGAGCCCGCUCACCCCACGCACCCCUGGCCGGCAGGGCCGAACUGGGGAUGAGCGCAUGCACACACACUUGCGGGGCACACCAACGCGCGUGGCCAACGGCGUGGAGGUGCCAAGGAGCCCAGUUGGACGAGGACAGGGCCUCGCCGGCCCCGAGCCCCCGGGGCCGGUGCUGCCUACAGAUCCCACGCGGCCUGCAGACCCCGUGCGGCUUGCAGAGCCCGGGCCUGGCGCGCAGGCCGUGAACGGAGAGCAGGAGGGGCCUGGAUCCCCCCCCACCACCGGCCCCCCGGACUCCCGAGAUGAUGAUACCCCUGACGGUGGCUGCAGGACCCCGGCGGGAACCCCAGCUGCGGACCCCGCGCUCCCGGGGAGCGGAGGAGAGGCCGCAGCCGAGGCCGGGCUCCGGGACCGGGAGGAUGGGGAGAGCCCCGUGGAGCCAGAGCAGCACGCGGAGCAGCACCCCGAGACCAAGGAAACAGAUGAGCAAAAACUUCACAAAAUAGCCAAUGAACUUUUGCUUACGGAAAGAGCUUAUGUCAACCGACUUGACCUCUUAGAUCAGGUAUUUUAUUGUAAACUAUUGGAAGAAGCAAACCGAGGCUCAUUUCCAGCAGAGAUGGUGAAUAAAAUCUUUUCUAACAUUUCAUCAAUACAUGCCUUCCAUAGUAAAUUCCUAUUGCCAGAGCUGGAGAAACGAAUGCAAGAAUGGGACACCACUCCCAGGAUUGGAGACAUCCUGCAGAAACUGGCUCCGUUCCUCAAGAUGUACGGAGAGUAUGUGAAGGGAUUCGAUAAUGCAAUGGAAUUGGUUAAAAACAUGACAGAACGAGUUCCCCAGUUCAAAUCGGUGAUUGAAGACAUUCAGAAGCAGGAGAUUUGUGGGAGCCUGACCCUGCAGCACCACAUGCUGGAGCCUGUGCAGCGGAUCCCGCGCUACGAGAUGCUGCUGAAGGACUAUCUGAGGAAGCUGCCCGCGAACUCGCCCGACUGGAGUGAUGCCAAAAAAUCACUUGAAAUUAUAUCUACAGCAGCAAGUCAUUCUAAUAGUGCAAUAAGAAAAAUGGAAAACCUAAAGAAACUCUUAGAGAUUUAUGAGAUGUUAGGAGAAGAAGAAGACAUUGUAAAUCCUUCAAAUGAACUAAUAAAAGAAGGACAGAUACUGAAGCUAGCUGCUCGCAAUACAUCGGCACAAGAACGCUACCUUUUCUUAUUCAACAACAUGUUGCUCUACUGUGUGCCCAGAUUCAGCUUGGUGGGCUCAAAAUUCACGGUGCGGAACAGGGUUGGAAUUGAUGGAAUGAAAAUCGUGGAGACGCACAAUGAAGAAUAUCCGCAUACUUUCCAGGUUUCUGGGAAGGAGCGAACCCUGGAACUGCAGGCCAGUUCUGAGCAAGACAAAGAAGAAUGGAUCAAGGCCCUUCAAGAGACCAUUGAUGCUUUUCAUCAAAGGCAUGAAACCUUCAGAAAUGCGAUUGCAAAGGACAAUGACAUCCACUCCGAGGUUUCUACUGCCGAGCUGGGGAAAAGAGCCCCACGGUGGAUCCGAGACAACGAGGUGACCAUGUGUAUGAAGUGCAGGGAGUCCUUCAACGCCCUGACCCGGAGGCGGCACCACUGCCGAGCCUGCGGACACGUGGUUUGCUGGAAGUGCUCGGACUACAAAGCCCAGCUGGAGUAUGACGGCGGGAAGUGGAGCAAGGUGUGCAGGGACUGCUACCAGAUCAUCAGCGGGCUCUCGGACAGCGAGGAGAAGAAAAGGAGGGGGAUUCUGGAGAUUGAAUCAGCAGAGGUGUCGGGAAACAGUGUGGUGUGCAGCUUCCUUCAGUACAUGGAAAAGUCAAAGCCUUGGCAGAAGGCGUGGUGUGUGAUCCCCAAGCAAGACCCUCUUGUGCUGUACAUGUACGGAGCCCCCCAGGACGUCCGCGCCCAGGCCACGAUUCCACUGCUCGGCUACCUUGUGGACGAUAUGCCGCGCAGCGCGGACCUGCCGCACAGCUUCAAACUGACCCAGUCGAAAUCUGUGCACAGCUUUGCUGCAGACAGCGAGGAACUGAAGCAAAAGUGGCUGAAAAUCAUCCUCUUAGCUGUCACAGGUGAGACCCCGGAUGGUCCAGAUGAGCAGCUAGCCGGCUUAGACGAGCCCCCCGAACCUAAGAAUAAAUCCGAGUGCUGAACUCCACGGAGGCACGCAGCCCGAGACGUUCCCAGCUCCGUCCCGCGUCUCUUAGCACUUUACAUUGAAAAUCCAGGAUCAGGACCGCGUCUGUCCGCUGGGGAUCGUUUGCCUGUGUUUGCGUACUCUUGGUAAAAUUAAUGUGCACAGCCAUUCUGAUAAAGUGUUGAAGUAAUGUGAAAAAUGGAGAUUUUUUUUUCCUAAUCAACUUUUCCUUGAAUGUGUGCUUUUUGUCUUGAAGAAAAUGGUGUCGAUUGUGUCACUAACAGGUAGAAUGGGCCACUUUCGUUAAGGAAAUUCUUCAUUGCGUCUCCUUGCUGCAUAGGACCUGUAAGAGUUUGAAAGAUAUACCUCCGUGUUGCCAAAAUAGAUGUGUGGUGAGAAGUACAGGGACAGCUUAGGGAAUUGUAUUAACUUAUUUAGUUCAUAAACCUCAAACUGCAUAAAUGGUGGUUUGUUUUGUUUUGUUUUGACAACAAGAAAAAGGACAAAUUGUAGUGUUCAGACUUUUGACUUAUUAAAAAAAGAUACUUGUUUUUGUAGAAAUACUCCUAAGAAUACAAUAUCUAAAGUACAUAGCAAUUAUCUGUACAUAGAAUUAAAUAUGAACAUAUAUACUGUACAUGCUUUUCUCCUGCUUUAGGUCUACAUCAUCUCUAAUUUAUUUUUUAACUUUAAAGCAUGUUUUAUCUUGGAACUGAGCAGUAUUCUAAACUUAAAUGUUUUUGGUGAUUUACAUUUAACGGAUUGGUAUCUAAGGGUAUUGAUAUUUUUAUAAUAAGAAAAAGCAGUAAUUUAUGUGGCAUGGGAUAUACUAGUGAACUCCAGUAUUUUUAGAGUACUUUCUUUUUGUUGUUGUUCUGUGCCUAUUUAAACAGUGCCUCUCUUAGAAGGUGCUAUUAACAGAAGCUAUUUAAAUAUAAAGGUGAGGGUUCAGAUAAUGUUUCUGUUUGAUUAUUUUGAAGUUAAAAUGCAUUUUGAUCACUGGAGUAGUCAAAGGCAUACGGGUUAUUUUAUCCCUUACAAUAAUAUACUUGUGGCAGUAGUUGACAUCAGCAUGUACAAAAAUCUUUACCAAAACUUGAACUGUGUUAGAAGGCACCUGACCUUACAUAGACUGGGACAUGUGGAGACUCCAUUUAUUAUAAUGUUCUCCUUUUCCGUAAGACUGUUAUGCAGGGUGAAGUAAGGACUCUACAUUGGAAGCUCCAGAUAACUGUGUGGGUCUACUCUUGUGUCAGAUAUGAAUUAAAAUUCAUACUUGCAGACCUAUAUGUGGGGACAGGGUCUGAUUGACAGGAACUAAAGGAAGUUUAUGCUCUGCCAGCUCCCCAGAAGGGGGAGGGGAAAACACUAGAGAAAAGGCGGUAUUUUUAUGGCAGAUUUUUCUGAAGAUACAAACGAUUGAAGAAAAUGAAAAUGUUUUUCCCCUUUUAUCCUCUAGAAUUUGAAAAAUUAAGUGUUUUUUUUUUUUUUGUCACCAAGACUGCUGCAGUUUCACACUGAUCAUUUAACUUAAUCCUUCCCUCCAAUUAGAUCUCACCUUCAUUGACAUACCCCGGGCAGCUUACACUGCUAGUCGUGUACUGUAAGUUGUAGGGCCACUUUUUAUCACUUGUCAGUCAGCAAUCCACAAGAAUGACCCACCGUCCUCAGACUUGAAGGAGUACAUCUUAUAAGGAGCACAGAUAGGCUCAAUCUGAGUCCGCCCACGUGUGUUCAGGCCCUGGUGCUUUAAUAAAUAAACAGUACUCCAGAGGAGCAAGCGAACCAACUGUGGCUGCUAGUUAGGUUCCUGUCCUGCACGACAGGAAUACCAGCCUUGAACAUUUAACAUUAAGCCAAAUAUUUAAAGCUACAAAAGAGACAAGGUGGCUUCUUAUGCCCUAUUAAAUCAGCCCAAACUAAAAGAAAUUUUACAUUGCCUUCUCUUCUAGCUGCCCACUGUGUGUGUCAGAGAUAGACAGGUGCAGUUGUUCAAAGUAGUAAUUGAGAAAAUUAAACUAUAGCUAUAGUGGCUACUUUUUAACAAAGAGAAGCAAUAAAAAUGUAAGAUGAUUAUCAGAUGAGGAUUCUCAUAAUUGUGUAUACCACCAUGGGUGUGGGCUGGGGAGAUAGCUCAGUGGCACAAGCACCUGUCGGGCAAGUAAGUGCAAGGUCCUGAGUUCGAUUCCCAGUUCCAAAAAAAAAAAAAAGGAUGUGUGUGACAUUUAGCUUUCUGAGUCAAAUUAUUUUUGAAAACUAUUUAAGCAGCAAGAAUUUAUGUUUUCCUACCACUAAGUUCUUCAGGAAUAGGUGUAACAUAGACACAUUAACCUUAGGUUGUUGAAAGGAUAGUAUAAAGAAUAUUUAUGCUCAUAUCUUUUUUUUUUUUUUUUGGUACCGGAGAAUGAACUCAGGACCUUGAGCUUACCAGGCAGGCACUUAUGUCUCUGACCUAUAUCCUGGCCCAAAAGAAAAUUUAUUACCAUGCUUUUAACAUUCAUUUUUCAUAACUUAUUAGAAACAGGAAAUAGUAAGAUUUCUGGCUGUCCAGUCACCAUCUUCACUUUAUUCGCCACAUUCUUUAGCAAGCACAAAGAGAAGCAAUAAAGCCGCCUUACUCGUUUCUUUUUUAAAUAAUUAUUAAUAGUUUUGUUUGGAAGAAGGCAAAGGAAUUCUCUGGUCACUUAUUAAACACUCACAUAAACUAAAAUACCUCAACGAGCAGUUGGACACAGAAUUCUCAGUGUUUUUCCUCUCCAAGACGCCUGAACUGUUGAGACAGAUUGCACCUUAAAAAAUAAAUAAAAAGAAAUCGUUGAUUGCUUUUUCCUAUUAAAAUCAAUGUUAUAUUUGGGCCUUAAUUUGUUAACAUCUCUGAUUUGGUGCUCUCCCAAGUCAUCAUUUUUUAAAGUGCCCUUCAGGCUUAAAAAUACUUCCUGGAUAAAACUGCUAUUCUUUAGAAAGCAUUUCAGGCUUUUUUAGGCUUAGGUUUUGCUUUUGUUGAAAGUCUGCCAUUUAGUACCAUAAGUCGAGGUAGGGUGCAGCCUCUAUCUCAUGGCUGUAAGUGGGUUCAAUAAGGAAAAAUGCCACCAGACGCUUUGUCACUAAUGCUGUCUAAAUGCCCUCACAUAUGCAAGCAGUACAACUUUGCUGGCGUGGAAUUAUAUUGAAAGUUUAAUGUGGAGGCUCCUACUCCGAAGCAUAUGGAGAAAUUCCUGCAAGUGACAGGAUGAUACAUACUGCUGAGUUCCAGGGAAGGGGCUUGGGGGUGGGGAGUCAUUCCUGUUCAGAUACUCUGAGAAGUGUCCUGACGCUCACAGAGGGUAUGGCUCAAAAAACAAAGCAUACCUGCAGCAUUACACUACGUUUUGCUGUCCAUGAAGUUCAGCAUGUAUGUUCGCAUACUUGUCCUCACCUGGCUGACCUACAAAAAAAUUUCAUUAAAUUACUCAGAUUUUUACAGGAACUGCCCUUUUCAAUUUUCCCCGUGGAUCCUGUUCACUUAUUCUAGUUAGAUGUAUAAAUAAAACUCUCAAAACUUCUUGGUACUGCAGGGUUGUUAAAGAUCCACUGAUGCCUUCAAAAACAUUGUCUCAAAAAUACUUCUGCAAGUUCAUAUUUCUGUCUUUCUACCUUGUAGAGACGGGAGGCUUUCUCCCCAAUUCACAUUUUAGGGUUCAUUUUGUUUCUGUCCAAAACCUUAAGUUAUUCUGAGCGUAGUGUCUGCGAUACAUCUCUAAUCAUGACCUUUCUGUGCAAUGUGUGUAUCUGAAGGAACACCACCAUCAGCAGCAAACACAUUUCAAGGGAACAAGGUCUACUAUUUUUUUUUUUUUUUGCAAAUAUGUGUGCUAUAAUGCAAUGUAGAUUUAUGAAAAUUUAUACAUUGCAUGAUAUUCAUAGUAACAGUCUAAGGACUAGAAUGCACAUGGACUUUAUCAGCAAAAACCUGAAAGACAAAAGUGUCUUUGUUUUCAUUCUGAAAAUCUAAAUUUUCCAAGAAUGUGUCAAUAUAAAAACUGGGACAAACCAGUUCCUAUUCUUAGGGCUCUAUUGAUAUCUAUAGCAGAUCAUGUUACUUCUUCAUUCUUCAUUCCAGUUUUAUUAGAAUCAAACCACUUUUUAUUUUUAUACUACGUCCUGUCUUACUAUAGUUUCUCUACAUUUAGAAAUUGAGUACAUAUAGAGACCAGUAGGUCUAUUUAAAAACUCUUUCUGUGAAUUUAUAUCUAUAUGUACAUAUGUAAAAAUUGAUUUUCAAUUUUAUCCUUCCAUAGGAAUGAAAUUUUUAUAGAAAUUUUUUAAACUUAAGUAUUUUAACAUAAAUUAUGCACAUGAAUUUUUAAUGUAUAAUUCGUCCUUUUACUUGUCCUUCCUCUUGUUUUACUGUGGGGAGAUUACUCUGCUUUCUCUAGAUAAGGCGGAGAGGAAUGAGCGAGAAAUUGAACAGAACCUGAAGGAACAGAGGGAAGGUGACAGGAAGGCCGCCCUCUCCAAAUCAGAGCUGCAGGAGUUAGGGAAGUGCUGGUGGGCAGCAGGCGCUGGAAAAGCGGCCCUGACUCAGCGUGCUGCUACGGUCCAUCCCGCCCGGGCUCUGAACUUGGCCUCUAAGUUAGACUGCAGGAUCUUGGCAUUGGUUUUUUCCUUGGAAUUUUAAGAAACACUUCAUUUUCUAGACCAUUUUCUCUGCUGUUGGCUGAGGGCAAGCCUCCCUCGAAGGUCAGUGACCGUCCUGACACUGGAUUGAAUGCUCAACACUCGGCAGAACUCUUGUCUUCUGUGUCAAAGUGAAGCAACAUGAGGCUCUGCCGGGUAACCCGUGGGGACACCGAGGUCCAUGUGGCCUGUCCUUUGGCCUAAAAUUCACUGUGGUAGGCUUGGUGAAAAAGCAAAUCAAGAAACCUUAGUAUAUUUUAAUAAGUUAAUACUAUACAUAGGUUCGAGAAGGAACGGUAGUCUUGGGGACCAUUAUAACAGAAUCAAAUCAUAUAUUACAUAGUAUAUGGGUAUUGGAAUGUGUCAUGGGGCUGUCGUUAGCAAAACAAUCAUUAUCUAUAUAGAAAAUUUAAAAAACUAGCAUUUCAUCUUGUGAGUGACAAUUGACUGAUGUUUAAAAAUAAGUAUUAUCUUGGUUUUAUUUGUUGACUAAGUUUGAAAAGAUGUGUUCUCAGAAUUUUAUAGAGUCGGCUCUAAUGUGAAAAGUGUACACAAUGAUUUUUCUUUCCUAGCUGUAUGAAUGUAAAAUACUUGCAGAUAGUGUACAUACUGUGUAACAUAUGUAUAUUUGGUCAUAAAGGCAGAUAAUGGAAAACAUUGUAAAAUUAAGCACUUUAAUUCCUAUUAAAUAUUAAACAUUUGUAUCUUGUAAAUAAACAUCCUUAAAUGAGUC